AUGACGGAAAUAGGGAGGGUGUUAUCACAAAGUACUUUGUAUAGCGAGUUGGGGAAGCAAAAGCGCCCCCAAAGUGGGGCCGAGACCGGAGGACGCGCAGAGUUCAUUGCCGUUACAGACGCUCAAGCCCUCCUGGGAUUUAAGAUGCUUAGUGAGACGGAGGGUAUUAUCCCGGCUCUCGAGUCAGCUCAUGCUAUCUAUAGCGGUGCCAAGAUGGCCAGGAACAUGAAGAAAAUCCAAGAUGUUGUGAUAUAUGUUAGUGGCAGAGGCGACAAGGAUAUACAGAGUGUGGCGGAUGAACUUCCCAGACUUGGACCACAGAUUGGAUGGGACUUGAGGUUCUGA